AUGUGGAAGUGUGAAGGCCAGAAUCGAGAAUACAUGACGGUUACCGCUCACUGCGCUGUUGAAAAUGGCGAGCAAAAGUGCUUCGAGAUGAAGAAUGCUCUUUUAGAGGUAGGAGUUUACGGACAGCGCGCACGCAUACAACAUCAGAAAAUCGGUAAUAAUAUAAUAAUUUGAAGUACCAUAUGUUUUAAUUAUCUUUCGAAUUCUAAAUUUAGUUGCGAUUGAUGUGUGAAAAGUGGAUAAGUGGGGAGGUACCUAAAUUUCAUGUUGGUGUGUCUAACAACGCUUCCAAUGUGACACUUGCUCUUAAAAGUGAGACGGUCCUUGAGGCGCCAGAAGAGCUUCGUGCCCGGGCAAUGGUUGAACCCAAAGAGUCGGACAAUGAUGAGAAAAUCGUUUCCCACCACUAGCAGCCAUACAUGAAAGAUCAGUGGGAUGUUUCGCACACUUGCUUAAUUAACCUUAUAGUCGAAGUAAAUACUAAAUUCCCUUCUGUACUGCACUUGCACAAGUUGUCAUUGUUAACCCAUUGAGUGGUAUUGCACCCUGAUGCACCCUACUUUAGUAUUUUACUCUAACGCCAGACGAUUUUACUCGUCAAGGGGAGAACGCUGGUGCUUAAUGGGUUAACUGGCCUAUCUGCCCAUGUGUCUAGUUAACCCAUUGAGUGGCAUUGCACCCUGAUGCACCCUUCUUUAGUAUUUUACUCUGUCUAACGCCAGACGAUUUUACUCGUCAAGGGGAAAGCGCUGGUGCUUAAUGGGUUAAACAAAUUGUUAAACAAUGCUUUGUCUGCCAUAAGGGCCCAUAUUAUGUUUUACCUACGAGGUUUACCUUUCAUAUAAGCAAUAAGCCAACAUAGUUUAUGAUAUUGUUUUUAUUGUAUAGGAUGCACUUAAACCAGAUGUUCAGUGUGCUGUCACUGCAAACAAAUUGUUACAAAAACAAAGUAAGUAUGAAUUAUGAAAACAAAAUCAUGUUUCUCAUUGACAUUGUUCCAACGGUUGUUACGGUUCACAUUUCCGUGUGGCAUUGUCAAUUCUGACAUUUUAUUUCUUCAACAUAUACACAAUCAAUGCCAGUUGCUCGAGCGUUCAGGGAGGCUCAAGAUGCAAUGCCUUGUGAGAAGGGUAAGACGCCCGGUGCCCUUGUUAAAAAUGUAUCAACCCGCUGAACUCAUCAUUGGGCUAUGUUCAGGUAAAUCGUGACUUAUUUCCAGCAUUCAUGGAUUUGAUAAACUUAUUUAUUAGCAUCCGAAUAGCUGUGACCUAAUUGACCUUUAGCUUUGUAACAUAAGAAUGUACAUUUUGUUGUUGCAGAUCUUUUGUGAAAAACAAAGCAGCUCUUGCGAUAUUUCUGCGCCAAUUUUGUGAGUUCAGUCUUCCUCUGUUACCAGCGUCUUUGGGAACUCGAAGCAACUUCUGGAACAUUUUGGAAGGACUUGUCAAAGUUCUCACCCCCUUUGAAGAUGCAACCAUUCAAGUUAGCAAGGAUGAGGCAACAUUGUCAGAGUGUAUCCCUUAUGCUCACACAUUGGUAAGUAAUAUAAUUAAAACAAACACUGACUGGCACUAGCACAUUCGGGGCUUCUGGUUGACUGGUUGUUCAGUUUGGUCAUUAUAUUACUUCUUUCUUCAAUUUUUAUUUUCCCAUACUUUCUAGCUUAGAUCCCUCGAAAAUCUUCAUCAUCCAACUGACGAUGAACCACCUGUUACUGGACUGGAAUCGUUUAUAACUGUUCUGAAAGAGAGGAUCAAACCCUGA